AUGGACUCCUUCACCACCAUCAACAUCCCCACCAACUUCGAGACUGGCGGCGGCUCCGGCAACGGUGCCUACUGCGUCAUCGCCUAA